ACUGCCUUCAGCUCUUUCUGGCCCAUGUGAUACCUGUACCUCAUACGGAUUGAUAUAAAGUGAUAUUUAGUCAUAGCCUUAACUGAAUUAAAUAUAUAGGAUGACCGUUAAAAACGGCGACAUCGUCAAGGACGAUGGGAAUUUGCGAUCGCAGUACAAAUCGAAUAUCGUCCUGAGCAGCAAAAUUGAGGAUUCGCAGAGAGAUCGGAAGAGCUUUGAUCCCAACAAAUCGAAAAAGAAGUCCAAGCAUGACGAGGCGGAUGCUAGCGAUGAGGAAGAUGGCUUCCAGUACAAGGAGGAAGUCAAGCAGGUUAGCUACUUCCAGCUCUUCCGGUAUGCCACCAAAAAGGAUCGCAUGCUCUACGCGAUUGGAUUACUGUCUGCCGUGGCCACAGGCUUGACUACUCCUGCCAACAGUUUGGUCUUUGGAAAUCUAGCUGAUAAUAUGAUCGAAUUGGGCGGUCUGGCGGCUGGGGGAAAAACUUACCGCGCUGACGACAGUUAUGCUACUUUGCUUUUGGACAAAGUACGAGAGUUUUCCCUGCAGAACACCUACAUCGGCAUCGUUAUGCUGGUGUGCUCCUACCUCUCAAUCACCUGCUUUAACUAUGCCGCCCAUUCCCAAAUCCUGACCAUACGCUCCAAGUUCUUCCGCUCUAUUCUGCAUCAGGACAUGAAGUGGUAUGACUUCAACCAGAGUGGUGAAGUGGCCAGCCGAAUGAAUGAAGAUCUUUCCAAGAUGGAGGAUGGUCUUGCUGAGAAAGUGGUGAUGUUUAUCCAUUACCUUAUAUCCUUCGUGGGAUCUUUGGUCCUAGCCUUUGUAAAGGGCUGGGAGUUAUCACUAGUGUGUUUGACCAGCCUGCCUCUGACUUUUAUCGCCAUGGGUCUGGUGGCGGUGGCCACAUCCCGCCUGGCCAAAAAGGAGGUGACCAUGUACGCCGGUGCAGCCGUGGUGGCCGAAGGCGCUCUCUCCGGCAUUCGGACAGUGAAAGCUUUUGAGGGCGAAGCCAAGGAAGUGGCUGCCUAUAAAGAACGCGUGGUGUCCGCCAAGUUGCUGAACAUCAAGAGGAAUAUGUUCUCCGGAAUCGGGUUCGGUCUGCUUUGGUUCUUCAUCUACGCCUCCUACGCUCUGGCCUUCUGGUACGGAGUGGGUCUGGUGCUCAAGGGUUACAACGAUCCGAAAUACGCGAGCUACACUCCUGGCAACAUGAUCACCGUGUUCUUCUCGGUGAUGAUGGGCUCCAUGAAUAUUGGAAUGGCGGCUCCUUACAUCGAGGCCUUUGGAAUCGCAAAGGGCGCCUGCGCCAAGGUCUUUCACAUCAUCGAACAGAUCCCAAUAAUUAAUCCAAUUGGUGCUGCGGGUAAAAAGCUGAAUGAGCCACUUACUACCAUUGAGUUCAAGGACGUGGAAUUCCAGUAUCCUACGCGACCAGAGAUCCCCAUUCUGAAAAGACUGAACCUGAAAAUCCAUCGGGGCCAGACGGUUGCCCUAGUGGGUCCAUCCGGCUGCGGCAAGUCCACCUGCAUUCAGCUGGUCCAGCGAUUCUACGAUCCCCAGGCUGGUGAUCUCUACUUCAAUGGUUCUAGUCUCAAGGACAUCGAUAUCAACUGGCUGCGCUCUCGGAUUGGAGUGGUCGGUCAGGAGCCCGUUCUUUUCGGCGUUUCUAUAUAUGAAAAUAUCCGAUAUGGCCGCGAAGAUGCCACCCGUGCUGAGAUCGAGGCAGCCGCUGCCGCCGCCAAUGCUGCGAUUUUCAUUAAGAAGCUGCCCAAAGGAUAUGACACCCUGGUGGGAGAACGAGGUGCUCAGUUGUCUGGAGGUCAGAAGCAGAGAAUUGCUAUUGCUCGCGCCUUAAUCCGUGACCCCGAGAUCCUGCUGCUGGAUGAAGCCACCUCCGCUCUGGACACCGCCAGUGAGGCUAAGGUACAAGCUGCGCUGGAGAAAGUCAGCGCUGGAAGAACCACCAUUAUUGUGGCCCACAGACUGUCCACAGUGCGCCGGGCAGAUAGGAUUGUGGUGAUAGACAAAGGAGAAGUUGUGGAGAGUGGGACCCACCAAGAGUUGAUGCAACUGAAGGAUCACUAUUACAACCUAGUGACCACCCAAUUGGGCGAAGAUGAUGGCUCAGUAUUGAGUCCCACCGGCGACAUCUACAAGAACUUUGACAUCAAGGACGAAGAUGAUGAGGAAAUUACCGUUCUACACGAGGAAGAAGAGGAAGUAGUGGAGGUGUCUUCGAAGAAGAAUAAGAAAAAGAAGAAGGUCAAGGACCCGAAUGAAGUGAAGCCCAUGUCUGAGGUGAUGAAGAUGAGCAAACCGGAAUGGCUGCAAAUCACAGUGGGUUGCAUCUCCUCCGUGAUAAUGGGUUGUGCCAUGCCCAUCUUUGCCGUGCUAUUCGGCAGCAUCCUGCAGGUUCUUUCGGUUACGGAUAAUGAUGAUUACGUGCGGGAAAACUCUAACCAGUAUAGCUUGUACUUCCUUCUGGCUGGAAUCGUAGUGGGUAUCGCCACCUUCCUCCAGAUCUACUUCUUUGGAAUCGCCGGUGAGCGGCUGACGGAACGUCUCCGAGGACUCAUGUUCGAGUCUAUGCUCCGCCAGGAAGUUGCCUGGUUCGAUGACAAGGCUAAUGGUACAGGAAGUCUGUGUGCUCGACUUUCCGGAGAUGCAGCUGCAGUUCAGGGUGCAACUGGUCAGAGAAUUGGAACCAUUAUCCAAUCUUGCUCCACUCUUGCCCUGGGUAUUGCUCUGUCCAUGUACUACGAGUGGAGUCUUGGAUUGGUGGCUUUGGCUUUUACGCCCUUCAUCCUGAUCGCCUUCUAUAUGCAGCGUACUCUUAUGGCAAAGGAGAAUAUGGGCUCGGCCAAGACCAUGGAGAACUGCACCAAGUUGGCCGUCGAAGUGGUUUCUAACAUUCGUACUGUAGUGUCGCUGGGACGAGAGGAAAUGUUCCACCAGACCUACAUUGGCAUGCUGAUUCCAGCUGUUGAGAUUUCCAAGAAAAAUACCCAUUUCCGAGGCAUGGUGUACGGUCUCGCCCGUUCCCUGAUGUUCUUUGCCUAUGCCACCUGUAUGUACUAUGGAACCUGGUGUGUGAUUAACCGCGGAAUCGAGUUUGGAGAUGUCUUCAAGGUAUCCCAAGCCCUGAUCAUGGGCACAGCUUCCAUUGCAAACGCUUUAGCCUUUGCUCCUAACAUGCAGAAGGGUGUAUCGGCAGCCAAGACCAUCUUUACGUUCCUCCGCCGCCAGCCGAUGAUAGUGGAUAAACCUGGAGUAUCCCGCGAUCCGUGGCACUGUGACGGAAGCGUCCGCUACGACAAGGUGGAGUUCAGCUAUCCCACGCGCAGGGAGAUUCAGGUGCUUAAGGGCCUGGAUCUGGGUGUGGGCAAGGGUCAGAAGGUCGCCCUGGUGGGGCCAUCAGGAUGUGGAAAAUCUACGUGCAUCCAGCUUAUACAGCGAUUCUACGACGUAGAUGAGGGUGCUACUCUCAUAGAUGAGCAAGAUAUUCGCGAAGUUUCCAUGACAAAUCUUCGCAACCAGUUGGGUAUCGUAUCACAGGAGCCAAUCCUCUUCGAUCGCACAAUCAGGGAAAAUAUUUCCUACGGUGACAACUCGAGGAAUGUGACUGAUCAGGAAGUCAUCUCCGCCUGCAAGAAGUCCAAUAUCCACGAAUUCAUUUCUAACUUGCCUUUGGGAUAUGACACGCGAAUGGGUGAAAAGGGUGCUCAGUUGUCUGGAGGUCAGAAGCAGCGCAUUGCUAUCGCAAGGGCUCUCAUCCGAAAUCCCAAGAUCAUGUUGCUCGAUGAGGCAACCUCAGCCUUGGACGCUGAAAGUGAAAAGGUUGUCCAAGAUGCUCUCGAUGCCGCCUCUGAGGGUCGUACUACAAUCAGUAUAGCCCAUCGACUGUCCACCGUCGUCCACUCAGAUGUGAUCUUUGUCUUCGAGAACGGAGUAGUCUGCGAAAAAGGCGAUCACAAACAGCUUCUCGCGAAUCGGGGACUCUAUUACACGCUCUACAAACUCCAGAGCGGAGCCAUGUAGAUACAUACUGAUAGUUCUAACCAAUCAUCUUAGGUUAGUGAAUUUCGAACAACGACAUUGUCUAGUAUUUGAAAAAAAAACUCCAUAGAUUAGUUAGGCUAAGAUAAUUUAUCACCGCAAAUUAUUUAAUAUCUCGAGGAAUAUACUUAACUUCAAUAUUCUAGGGAAAAUAAAGAUAUUUUUGUAAGUAAA